GAGCAGUUCUGAGCGCGCUGAGGGAACGCCGACCCCGAGAGGCCGACGGGGAGCAAGUUAUUCCAGCUCAUCAGCUGUGUUGCAACUUUUGAAUUCAACCCUCAUCUGGAGAGCAACCGCUCCCCCAAAGAGGAACGCAGGCCGGAGGCGAGCGGACACACGUCUUCCUGUGAGCGGUGCGCCCGCGUCCCGUCAGCGUGCCGACCGCGAGCAGAACGAGGGCAACGACGGCUUCAAAGAAUCAGAAAGUCACUUUUUAGUUGGAUUUGAUUUUGAGAUCUAUGAAAGACGGAGACCACACCCAGAGUCCUGGUCGGUGGCUUUAAAGAUGCGCUUCACACAUUUCGUGACAGCGUCUUCCCGACAUGUGUCCGACAUUGUUUGGCUCCGCCCUCUUUGCAUUCGUCCAGACACGCUCAGCGGGUGGUCGGCUCAUCCAUGACACAUACAUGACGCCGCCGCGUGGAGCUGCUCACAGGCUGAGCCGCGCAGCCGGCCACGGGGAGACCGCCGCCUGCUGGCUCUGAGCCGCCUCCCACCGCGAGCUGCUGCACGCCGCCAGUGUGUCAACAGCAGCAGCUGAGAGGAAGCCUUCAGUCCACACACACACUGAACAGAGGAAGAGGGAGGGAAAGAGACGGCAGCCCGAUUGAAAUGUAGAGCGAGUGUGUGGGAAGUGGAAGGAUGGAGGUGAAAGAGCACGAGAUUGAGCGAUGGCAGAGAGGAAUCUGACAGAGAGAGAGAGAGAGAGAGAUUUCAACUUUAACUUUUCAUCUAGCGCCACCAUGAGGUCAGCAGUCCUAUGCACCUCCCCCUCAGCCCAUGGCCCCGCCCAGCCCUGGCAUCACAGGAGGAGGAGGAGGAGGAGGAGGGCUGAUGGAGCAGCUGAGUAAGACCAACCUGUACAUCCGGGGCCUGCCGCUGGCCACCAGCGACCAGGACCUGGUCAAGCUGUGCCAGCCGUUGGGGAAGAUCGUGUCCACCAAGGCCAUCCUGGACAAGAACACCAGCCAAUGCAAAGGUUAUGGCUUCGUGGACUUCGACAGCCCUGCGGCGGCCCAGAAGGCCGUGGCUUCGCUCAGAGCCAGCGGAGUCCAGGCUCAGAUGGCAAAGCAACAGGAGCAGGACCCCACCAACCUGUACAUCUCCAACCUGCCGCUGUCCAUGGACGAGCAGCAGCUGCAGAGCACGCUGAAGCCCUUCGGCCACGUCGUCUCCACGAGGAUCCUGAGGGACGCCAGCGGCCUGGGCAGAGGAGUCGGCUUCGCUCGGAUGGAGUCCACGGAGAAGUGUGAUGUGGUGAUUCAGAAUUUCAACGGGAAGUUCUUGAAAACCCCCCCGGGCAUGACAGCGCCUGCAGAGCCCCUGCUGUGCAAGUUUGCCGACGGCGGGCAGAAGAAGAGGCAGACCCCGGGGAAGUAUCCGCAGAGCGGCCGGCCGUGGACACGGGAAGGGGAGAGCGGCAUGGCGCUGACGUGUGACCCCACCAUGCCCAACGGGUUUUACUCGUCGCCGUACAGCAUCUCCAAUCGGAUGAUCACACAGACGUCCAUCACUCCCUUCAUCGCGGCUUUCCCCGUCUCGACAUACCAGGUCCAGAGUACAUCCUGGAUGCCACAUCAACAGUAUGUUAUGCAACCUCCAUACAUGCCGGCUGCAGCUGCUAUGCAAGGACCCUACAUCCCCCAGUACACUGCAGUGCCGGCCAUCACACUGGAGGGCGUGGUGACGGACCCGUCCUCACAGGCCGCCGCCCCCCCGCCGCAGGACGCCGGCGGGCAGCAGCCGUUACCCGUGGAGAACACCGGAGAUCCUUCCACAGCCUACUGCUACCGGCAGUCUAAAUAAGCAGACGGUCCGCCGCCGACCAAGAGAGACGCAACGGGGACAGAAGAGUGGGCGACAUGAGGGGAGGAGGCUUCCACCAAUUAAAAGACUGAAUGAAACAGAUCAUCCAUUAUAUUUCUCACCUGGUUGAACCAAGGAAAAGAAAAAAGAAAGGAAACAAAGAAACGACGAUUGGCCGAACCGGAGCACGAUGAAGUCCAUCGCCGUCUGCAUCUCCGGGUCGUUUCCGCUGUGAGGCUGGACUUUGCCUCUGGGGAGAAAGAGAAGAAGACGGACUGAAAGCUGAACUCCACCCACACGAUGUGCAGAAGGAAAGAACAUCUGCAGGUAGAUCUUCAGACUUUUUUUAUCCAGAAAGAAAAGAAGCAAAGUCUAGAAAACAAAACCCAGCUCGUCUUCCUUUGAUAUUCAGCUCCAUUGUUUUCUUUCAUUUUAUUAUUUGAGUAGUUUUCUAGAAUAUCAAUUUUUUCGUAAAUCUUUAUUGCCUUAAUUUUCUCAAACUUUGGGGAAAAAACUUUUCCAUAGUGUUGAAUGAUUUGAGAAGUUCUUAAAGAGUUCUCGAAGCUAUUUGUACAGGAUUUUUUAAAAAGGUAGUAAUGUAUGAAGAUGAUUUUAUGUGGUGGUUAAAAAAGAAACUUCUUAAAUGCAGCUUGUGGGAAGGGUCCCUUCUCUUCCUCCUGGGACACGUUAACAUGGGACAACACUCGGUCUCCUCCUCACGUUUGUAUUAUGUUGGUUUUGUCCUUUAACCUUCAGAAGGUUUUGCUUCUCUCUGCAAGAAGAAAAGUAAAAAGAAAAGUUUCUGACACUCACAGAAUGCAGAAAUAAAUGCUGUAGGACUUUAAAUGUGCAAAAAGCAAUAGUUUCAGUCAGACUGUUGACAGUUUCUUGAGUCUUUCUUAACCGUUGAACACAAGCAGCCGUCAGGUGGCACCUUUUAUACCAAAGAUGAAGAAACGAGAGUGAAGCUCCUUAAGUUGCUGUUUCUUUAUUCGCUCACCUCUGGACCUGGGACUCGUAGUGAUGGUUGGCAUGAGAGACGAUCAAGGUGUGAGCGGCCGCUUCGUUCGGCUCGUGAACAUCCUGACGGGUCGAGGAGCAACGCCGGGUUUUCCGUUUUUGGGUCGCCUCCUUUGUUGUCGUGUUGUUGUCUUUCUGGAGAGCUGAUGAUGACGCGUGAGCUGCUGAAUGCUUUUCACUCAUAAGGCUCGAGGCUCGUGUUGGGUGGCAGAGGAAGAGGUGCCGCUCCAGAAGGACAUCUGAAGCCAGGAUACUGUGGAGGAAGGGAAGUCGUAUCCUCGAUAUCGAUACUUAAGAAGCAUCCUGCAAGUCGUGGCGACAGAGGAGACGAGUUUCUGGUUGAAAUCCUCGAGAGAAAUCUGAGAAGAAGACUUUCUUUUUUGGUCAGAUGUGGUAAUAACAAUCUGCACUAUGUCCUGAGUAACGGAACAAGAACUCCCCUUUAACGUCACUGGCUGAGCUCUGAGGUCACACCCUUGAAGCCCCGCCUACCUGACACUGCCAACGAAAAGAAGCUAACGAUACUAGCAACAGACGGACGCAGUGCGGUUCUACCAAAAUCAAGCAGAUACAAAAACCUCUAAGGGAACAUACAUUAUUGAGAGAAGAGAGAAAGUAGAGAACAAAAGUACUAUUUAUGAGAUCUUUUCUGUACAGGUGUGUAAAAGAAGAUGCAACAGAAAUAACUUGUUGCUAUUUUUUUAUUUUCUUGGUCACAUGCCUCCCAUGUGUUUCAACGUGUGGUCCUGAGAGUGUCUGUAGAACCAGUGGAUGUUGCUGUAAUUUCAAAUGUCUCUUUUCUUUUUCGACAAGUCUUUCAAAAAUAAAAUGUUUUAAACAGUCAA